AUGGCUGACAAGGAAAAUCCACAACUCUCACAGGAUGACCUCCUGGCUCAGAUCACUGAGCUUCAGGCGGAGGUACGGAGGAUAGCCGAGCUCUCAACACAAAAUAAUGGAGAGAAUUCCAAGGGCUCGGCUCAAAGCGCGGCGGACCCUUUAAACAUCGUCCCGCCAAAGGAAAAGCUCACACUCGACAACCCCUUUUCCGAGGAGAUCACGAAUUACCAGAUGCCAAAAAACUUUACGCUGCCCUCCGCGCUGGAGCCGUACAAGGGGUUCGGCGACCCCCGAGCCCAUGUGAAGAAGUUCCAAUCGAUGAUGUUCUUCAACGGCCCGAACAAUGAGCCCGUCCUCUGUCGAGCAUUUCCCACUUACCUAGAUGGUGCAGCGUUACUCUGGUUUUCUAAACUUUCUGCAGGUUCGAUCUCCUCCUUUGAAGACCUCGCCAGAUCAUUUAUUGAUUACUUCGCUGCAUCAAGAAUAUAUGUACAUGGCUCGGACUUUCUCGGCACCAUCAAACAAGGUCAGCACGAGAGUCUGAAAGACUACAUGACCAGAUUCGCUGACGCCACUAUGGAGAUCCAAGACUUGGACCCGGCCGUUCACCUGCACGCUCUCAAGGCCGGCCUCAGACCUGGCAAAUUUCGGGAGACCAUUGCCAUAACAAAACCAAAGACGCUAGAGGAAUUCCGAGAAAGGGCGGCUGGGCAAAUGGAGAUCGAAGAACUCCGAGAAGCCCAGAAAUCAGACAAACAGCCACAUUGGAGAGAUGAGGAAAGGACUUUCAGAUCACCAGGCAACAGGGACACAAAGAAACCUCCUAAGCCCGCGUCAAAGUACAACACAUACACCAGAUUUAACACCAGAAGAGAGAACAUCAUCAGAGAGAUCCUCAACGCCAGAAUCAUAAAACCACCAGCCCGAGCAGGGAACUACCAGGAUCAACGAUUCGUGGACAAGACAAAACAUUGUGCCUUCCACCGAAAGUUCGGUCAUACCACAGAUGACUGCAUCGUUGCGAAGGACCUCCUGGAAAGACUAGCAUGCCGAGGUCUCCUGGACAAAUACAUUGAAACCCGGAAGGGCAGAGGAGGAAACUCGGACAGGGCAGAGCAUAAGCAAGCAACGGCUGACGACAAAAAAGAGAGGACGACUCCUGAUCCGCCAAGAGGAGUCAUCAACCACAUAUCGGGAGGAUUUGCAGGCGGAGGAGAAACAAGCUCGGCCAGGAAGCGGAGCUAUAGAGCAAUGCUGGCAAUCGAAGGAACCAUACAACCAAAGAAGGACAAAGAACCAGACGUCACAAUAUCCUUCAGCCAAACAGACUUCAAAUCAGCAAGCCCUAACCUCGACGACCCCGUGGUAAUUUCCAUCCAGGUCGGAGAGCUGUUGGUAAGAAAAACAUUGUUAGAUCCAGGUAGUAGUGCUGACGUUUUAUUUUACUCUACUUUUACUAAAAUGAAAUUAUCAGAAAAACUGAUACAACCCUCCUCUGGAGAGCUAAUUGGGUUCUCCGGAGAGAGAGUCCCAAUCAUGGGACACAUAUGGCUAAAGACCACAAUGGGAGAGAUCCUUAUGACAAAAUCAAUUGAUAUUCAAUAUUUAAUAGUAAACUGUUACAGCCCUUAUAAUAUUAUACUUGGGAGACCCGCACUGAACAUAUUCAGGGCAGUGGUGUCCACAUUACAUCUGUGUGUCAAGUUUCCAGUGCAGGAAAACAAGAUCGCCACGGUAUAUGCAGACCAUCAGGAAGCUCGGCAAUGCUAUCACGCGGGCCUAAAACCAGUCCAAACAAAACAAGAAGCUCGGCCCCAGAUCCAAGCCAUCCAAACUUCUGCCAACACAGCGACACUGGCCGAUCUUGACCCAAGAGAAGACCUCGGCGAAAGACCUCGGCCAAUGGACAAUCUUCAACAAGUAACACUGACAUCAGAUGACAAACAAUGCACAUAUGUUGGAGAAGCAUUAGAAGGGGCAGACCGAGCAAAACUCAUUCACAUACUGCGUCAGAACGCCGACCUCUUCGCAUGGACGCCAGAUGACAUGCCAGGAAUCAACCCAGAGGUCAUCUGCCACAAGCUAGCAAUCGACAAAACAGUCCGACCAGUUGCACAGAAGAAAAGAAAUCUCGGAGAAGAGAAAAAGCAAGCAGCACUCGAAGAAACCCAGAAGCUCCUCAAUGCAGGUUUCAUCAAAGAGAUUCGCUUCACCACAUGGUUGUCCAACGUGGUAAUGGUAAUGCCAUUUGGCCUAAAGAAUGCAGGUGCGACAUAUCAAAGGCUAAUGGACAAGGUGUUCCAAUAG